AUGUGGACAUCCAUACUAGCCAUCGGGCUUGCGCUUUUGCAGCUUGCCAGUGCCUGUGAAUCUUUCCCUGUCGACUUCAAGAACAAUGGAGACUAUUUCAUCAACAUCAACUCCAAUAACUCUUUCACCGCCGUUUCAGAGUUCUACAACUGCCAGGAGCCUGCUCGCGUUGUCUUGAUUACCCCGAAGAAUAAAACCAUCUUCUGCUCGGACGUCGCAACUUCACCAGAUUACACUGAUGAAACUACAACUUGUUCUAUCUCGAAGAAUCAGAUGUACACUGGCGAUUGGAAGCUCAUACUUCUGGACAACAACGGCAAUGGUAGCACGUUCAACGCCCAACGUCUCCUGCAUCUCAGUGUUGGCGAGCAAGUCACCUCGGUCGUCAUUCCUACCAUAACCCUGAGCGUUACCCAAACGCCUACUUCCACCGUGAAUGCUACGAUCACAGAUGUAGAAUCGACAACCUUGACGCCUUCAUCAGUUACCAGUCUUGCUAGCAAUGCAUUGACACAAACGCUUACUUCCUAUCCGCCUCGCCAGACUGUCACGACCUCGUCAACGGCAACGGUCACACGCACCAAGACAAGGUUCACCUACACGGUCGAAACCUACACCGAGACUGAGCUCUGCGCAAACAUCUUCGCAGCAGAGGUAGCCGAUCCUACAGCCGAUGCAGGUCUUCUUUCUAUUGCCUCCGCCGCCAUUGCUUCAGCAAGCGCAACCCCAGCUCCAGCCCGUCGUGCCAGAAUCAGACGCGGUAUCACCAAAGUUAUGCAAGUUGCGAGACGCAAUGUAGCCAAUCUUGCUAAGCGUACUCCUGAUAGCGCUACGGUCACCUCAACGGAUACCAAUACAGCACACUGGAGUUCUGUAACCUCUAGCUUUACAGCUUCCCCUGUCAUUCUGACAUCGACUACAACUGUCGAAAGCACGACAACAAUUACACCAGCACCCAUUACCAUCGUCGCGACCGGAACCACAAUCACCAAGACUGCACCAACAUCUACUCGCACAAUCACCAAACGAACUACCAGGACAUCUCGAGUCACAAAGACGGUGACUGCAACUCUCAGCAUUACCAGCUGGGUGCCUGGCCCAAACUGUUUCUAG